AUGUCAAGAAGUGUGGACAAUACUGAAGAGAGGAUGCUGGCCGUAAUUACCAAAUGUGACCAACUCCUCGAUGAUGAUGAUGAUGUCUUUCAGGCUCUUACUAAACUCAAGGUUCGUGGUGGGUAUAACUUUGUUAGAAACAGAAUUGACGAUGAAACUCACGAGGAAGCUCAAAUCCGAGAAGCCACACUAUUUGAAGCUCACCCCUUGUUGUCCAAGAUUGAAAAGUCCAUGGUGGGUAUUCCUGCCUUGGCCAGUAGGCUUGUUCAAAUUCAGUUAGUAAUCAUAUUGAAAUGUUUUCCGGACAUUGUGGAUAAGAUCAAUGAGGGGAUCAAUAUUUUGGAUUUGGAGCUCAACCAAUUACCCAACAAUUUUAUGAGUAAAGCUGAUGGACUGGUUGCAUUUAUGCAUAUCAUUAGGUCCUUCACGGAAACUCUUCAAAUGAUGUUCAUAAAAGGAGAAUACAAUGAGUACGUGGAUUUUAAGAAAAUGCAUUGCAAUGCUCGGUUAAUUGACAUGCUAGAUGAGUUUUCAAAAAACCUCCAUUCGAGUGUCCAAUUCUCUGAAAGUUUCCUAGUUGAGGAGAUGCAGGUUUUAGAGGAAACUAAUGGAAUCUGGUUGCCUCAUUUCCUUCCUCACUCAUUUUGGAUUAGGAGGAAAAUGAAUAAUGUCUCUACUUUUGCCAUUCUUUUCGUGAAACAAGUGUGGAGUUAUCUUGAAAUUGUUUGUGCUAGAAUUUUAAUUGAUCACUAUGGGGAUUAUCCACAAUUACUUUCCUCCAUGAGGAAAGCAACUCAUAAUGUGAUCGAGAAAAUGAAGUUUGAGUUUAUGGAGAAAGUUGUUGAAAUGAUAGAGAUGGAGAAGACCACAUACUAUACAUGUGACCCUGAUUUUGUUGCUUCUUGGAACAUGUUAAUUAGCAACCGCGACAAGUUUAUGAAGGCAAUGUGCAAUCAUUUGGAAGAGCUAAGUAUGGAAGGUCAUGAUGGCACUGUUAACGUUAAGCAUCUAUUUAGUAUUCCGGAAAAUACAAGGGAUCAAGCAUUUGAUUUAAAAAUGAGAAUGACGGCUUAUUGGAAAAUUGUUCUGAAACGAAUGGUGGAUCGUACUGCGCUUCGGCUUCGGUUUAUGAUUCAAAAAGUGGUGAACAAGGAAAUGGAGAUGGAGAUAGUGAAUGAGAUGAUGAUGCAUGGCGGAGGCAUAGAAAAAAUGUCCGAGGAACUAUCAUCCACGGGCAAAGAGAGAGUGAGGCUUCAAAGAAGCAUUGGGUUGUUCCAGGAAUCAAAACAAAUCAUGGAGCAAGUUCAAGUGUAA